CCACGUGUCAAAAUUUAGUGGGAGUAGGUGUUUGCUUUACUUUUGGUCUCUGUUAAGGUGGCGCCGCCGGUGACCGGCGUUUCAUAUUAAUUGCGAGACAGAAAUCAAAGGAAUCAUCGGUGGAUGCUUGAUGAUGGAUGAAAAGAGUGAGAUUCCGACGAAGCUGGAUUACUACGAUGACAUGUGGAAGCUUCAAUCCACUGCCACACUCCUUUCGCAUUUCAAGGGAGAAGAUGGAAGAGAUGUAUUGAUAUUGGAUCGUACUAUAUUCUAUCCGCAAGGAGGUGGUCAACCUGCUGACCAUGGAUUCGUCCCAGCCAUCAAGUUUGUGGUUACUGAUGUCCGAUCCAAAGAUGGCGUUGUUUUUCACUACGGUUUCUUUGAGAACAUAGUUGGGGAAGCAGAAUCCCAACUUCACAAAGGGAAGGAAGUCUCACUAUUUGUUGAUGAGUCCAGGCGCAAGCUCAAUUCCAGGUUGCAUUCAGCAGGGCAUUUGCUUGAUGUUUGUCUUCCAAGAAUAGGAUUAGGUCAUUUAGAGCCUGGCAAAGCUUACCAUUUUGCUGAUGGGCCUUGGGUUGAAUACAAAGGUACAGUUCCACAAAAUGAAUUGCAGAAUAAGCAAAAGGAUUUAGAGUUGGAAGCUAAUAAUUUAAUUUCCGUGGGAGCAAAAGUUCAUGCUGAUAUAUUACCAUAUGAUGAAGCUGCUAAGCUUUGUGGUGGUUGUCUUCCUGAUUAUGUUCCCAAGGAAAGCGCACCUCGAAUUGUAAGGAUAGGAGAGAAUCCUGGGUGCCCCUGUGGUGGUACACAUGUUACUGAUAUUUCAGACAUCAUACAAGUUAAGGUUUCCCAAAUUCGCUCAAAGAAAGGACUGACAAAAGUCUCAUAUAAUGUUGUAUCAAGUCUCAAGAUAUAGAGUCAGUAAUGUAUAAAUUCUACUGACAAAUUAUGGUUUUCAUACCAUGGCUGUUGAAUAAUAAACUACAAAACUUUGUAUGAAUACUGUGUGUGUGGAAAGAACAAUUAUGCAUUAGAUUUGGGGUGUGGUCCUUAUAGUGACACAUAAAUACAGCAUAGCAUGCCAGAAGUCAUUAGCAUGAUGACAAUAAUAAUAUUGUUAGGUUUGAUAUUUGUAAAAUAGAAGUACUUUCUUUACA